AUGCUCAAAGGCGUAAAGCUCUGGCCCUCAUCGUCGGGCACGGCGCCUCCUUCGACCCAGCCCUCCAAGGAGACUGCUCAGCCUACCUUGUCCCCCUCGAGCUCGUUCAACCCCCUCGGCGGCCCGCAAGACCAGGCGACGCCGCGCGCUUCCAACACGCCAAACCCGUUCGACUCGGCGCCCCAGCAGGUCCCGACAUCGCCCGCUCCUGGCCUCGCAAAGGCCACUUCGGCUCUCUCGCUCACGGGCAACUCCCCUGCGGGCAGCCUGAACGGCAUGCGCACCCCGACUGCAGUGGGCUUUGGGCCGAUUGGCACUCCUGGAGUUGCACCGCCCACCACAGGUGUGACGAUCGGUGACACGCUCGGCGGCGUCGGUGGUCUAGGGUUUGGUCUCCACGAGCCACCCAAGAUGCUCAAGGCGCAGUCGUCGCUGCAGCAUGGCUCGGGAACGCACACCCCACAAGAGUCGGGCGUGGUGACCCCCGGUGGCGACGCCAGCACCGAUAUCGUCCCCGGAUCGGGUGGGCCGUCGAUCCGCGGCACACUCAACGUCAAGCUCAUCCAGGCCCGUGGCCUGAGCGUCUCGCUCGUCGACAACCCCGACCCGCAGCCCUACGUUGUGAUGCAGUUUGAGCAAAACGAGUUUGUCUCGCGCGCUCCUCACUCGGUCUCCAACCCGUCUCACGUGCCGUUCACCCAGUCGCAGCCCCAGCCGCUCAAGGGAUCCACGUCUUCUGGUGGUCUUGGCUCAAUCACCCGUGCUUUCGCCGACGCCAUGGGUCGCAAGAAGGACACUGGAGCUCGCACGCCAAAGGACGAGGGCAACGCGCAGGCUGGAUGGCUCGGCAAGCCCGGCCCAGGCGACCCUAUUUGGAAGGAAGAAGUCACCUUCGACCUCACGCAGGCAACGUCUGCCAUCCUCGUGUCCGUCUACGACCGCAACAAGGCCGGCGAGGGCUUCCUCGGCAUGCUCCAGAUCAAGCCGGUCCUCAAGGACGGCUUCACCCUCGAUCAAUGGUACACGCUCGCCACCCGUGGCAGUGAGACUGUGACUGGUGAAAUCUGGAUCCAGACCACUUUCACCGCGCUCCGCAACAAGGUCCAUCUCAAGCCUGCCGACUUUGAGUUCCUCAAGCUCAUCGGCCGUGGAACGUUUGGCCGUGUCUUCCAGGUCCGCAAAAAGGACACGAAGCGCAUCUACGCUAUGAAGGUGCUCUCGAAGAAGGAGAUUGUGGCCAAGAAGGAGGUCGCCCACACCAUCGGUGAGCGCAAGAUUCUGCAGCGCUCCCUCGAAUGCCCCUUCCUCGUCGGCCUCAAGUUUUCGUUCCAGACCGAAAAGGAGCUCUACUUUGUCACCGAUUACAAGUGCGGCGGCGAGCUGUUCUGGCAUCUCCAGAAGGAGGGCCGCUUCUCAGAGGACCGCGCCCGGUUCUACAUUGCCGAGCUUGUUUUGGCACUCGAGCACCUCCACAAGUACAACAUUGUGUACCGUGACCUCAAGCCCGAGAACAUUCUUCUCGACGCCACCGGCCACAUUGCCCUUUGCGACUUUGGCCUGUCCAAGCCCGACCUGAGCAACGACCAGCUCACCAACACGUUCUGCGGUACCACCGAGUACCUCGCUCCCGAGGUUCUCCUCGACGAGAAGGGUUACGGCAAGCACGUCGACUUUUGGUCGCUCGGUGUGCUCCUCUUUGAGAUGUGCUGUGGUUGGUCGCCGUUCUACGCCGAGCAGACCCAGGAGAUGUACCGCCUCAUCUGUUACGGCAAGAUUCGCUUCCCCAAGCACGUCAUUGGCGACGACGGCAAGCAGUUUGUCAAGGGUCUUCUCAACCGUAACCCGCAGAACCGUCUUGGAGCCAAGCGCGGCGCCGCCGAGCUCAAGGAGCACCCCUUCUUCAAGGACAUUGACUGGGACCUGCUGUACAAGAAGCAGAUUACGCCCCCGUUCAAGCCCAUUGUCGACUCUGACGAGUCGGUUGCCAACUUUGACCCCGAGUUUACAAACUCGUCGCUGUUGGAUGCGGGCGUCGACGUCCACAACGACGAGGACUAUAUGCCUCAGCAGCCUGGCAAGCACUCGUAUGUUGGCCCCGGCGGCAGCCUGUCCAAGCCGUCGUACAUGGGCCAGGCUGGUAUGGCUAUCAAGCCCCAACGCCCGGCCGGCCAGCACAACGGCAGCCCCCUCACGUCGUCGGUCCAGGAGAACUUCCGCGGAUUCACGUACAUGGGCGAGUCGGUCAUGCCCUCUUCGUUCUUUGGCGACCGCGACCAUGGCAUGGAGGAUGUGGAGGAGGACAACGAAGAGGCUGUCGAGGACGACGACGAGUACUCGGACGAGGACGAGAUGGAGGGCCAGCGCACGCGCAGGCAAAGCGAUGUUGACAUGGAGUAA